ACGGCACACAAAGACAAUCCGAUUCUUUAUUCAAGAACAAACAGUGAACUGGUUGUGGGCUGGCUCUCUGACCCACUUCCAACCCGAAACGAAAGAAUUUCCGCUGCAAAGUGAAACCCACUGGGAUUUCGGAUUUCGGCGUCUUAAAUUCUUUCCCGACCAUUUCACUUUCGCUCGUAAAGAGCAGCCAGCUACGUCAUCUAACCGAAAUUAACAUAUGUCUAUCCAUAAACCGAAGAGAGUGGUCAAAACGUGCUAAUCAGUUACGAAACUUGCAAAAAGUGAAACACCGCCCAUCUAUAAUUUCCGACUUGUACUUUCAUGCAGACGAACCGAAAAAUGUGCCUCAAGAUUGGAUUUAUUUUGCUCGCCUCUGUGCUGGGCACCACCUUGGCCCAGGAACAGCCCUACUACCUGCAACAAUGUCCCCGGGAUGAGGCUCAGAUCAAUGAAUGUCUUCGGGAAAGUGGCAACAAGCUGGUCCACUACCUGCAGAAGGGAGUUCCCGAGUUGGACAUCUAUGAGAUCGAACCCGUUAUGAUUGAUGAGAUCGGCAUUGUGCUGGGCAGUGGUCCGGAUGGCUAUCGCGCUCUUUUCCGGAAUAUUCAAGCCUACGGUGUGAGCAAUAUUACGGUCACCAAUAUUCGCUCCGACUUGGACUCGCUGCAGUUCCAGCUGACGUGCGAGAUACCCCGCAUUCGCGUCAAGGCUCAGUAUAGAUCCACAGGUGUUCUGAUCUUGGUGAAGGCCUCCGGAGCCGGCGACUACUGGGGGGAGUAUGAGGGAGUGAAGGCCAAGAUCUACUUCAAGGCGCUGGCAAACGAGGGACCCGACGGGCGAACCUAUCUGACGACGGACUCCGUCAAGAUGGACUUCAAUGUCAAGGAGAUCCAAAUGGGGGUGGACAACAUCGCCAAUGGCAAUUCUGUCAUACAGGCUGCCCUCAACCUGUUCAUCAACUCCAACUCCCAGGAGCUGCUCAAGGAAAUGAAGCCGGCGCUCAGAACCAAACUCACUUUGGUCAUCCGCAACUUCAUGGAUCGCAUCUUCGCCAAGAUCCCUCUGGACGAGUGGAUCAAUCUGAAUUAGAAUGUAGUUUCCCUAGCCUAAGUCCUUAUUUAUUGCACCCAGUUCAAGCUAAAUAAACAAAGUAAAGACGAUC